AUGUCAGGACGAUUAUUUGCACUACUGGGCUUCUCCGAGGCAUUCGGUACCUUCGUUGGUGCAACGUCCCUGCCAAUGUUCUUUGCUGUAACCGUGCGCAUCUACAUCGGCUUUGUGUUCCUGGUGGCUUCUGGUCUGCUCUUUCUGGCCUUCCUUCUGGCAUGGUAA